GUCAGUAAGACCGGUGUGACACAAUGUGAAGGGCUGUACUCUCUAAACAAAUCAUCAUAUUUUCCUCGAAGGCAUGUUAUACACUUUAGACUGUUGUUCUGGUUUUAUCCUUUGGAGAUAUUGAUAGGAAAACGAUCGACCAUGCGUUCAUUGCUACUUGCCGUGACUUUGUGCAUUUUACCCUGUGUGCUGGGUCAAUGUAACGGCACAAACUGUAAUCUACCAAACUGCAGGUGCUUCGAUGACGUGAACGCACCAGGUAAACUCCAGGCUAGUAGCAUCCCCCAGAUCAUAAUGGUCAACUUUGAGGGUACGAUCACCAAGGUGAAUGUGGCUUUCUACCAGCAGAUCCUGCAGGAGACCAACCCCAAUGGAUGCCCGGUAAAAGGCACUUUCUUUAUCACGGACGAAGGCACCGACUACGCUACUGUGAAGACGCUCUACGACCAAGGCAACGAGUUUGGCAUCUCCUCUAUUAAGGGAACGACGCCUGCGAGCUCGACCGCAUGGAUCAACGAGUUCAAAAAGGUGCAAUCUGCACUGGUACAGGUUGGGUUGAAAUCUGGUGACAUUCAGGGAGUAAGAGUACCCCAGCUUAUCGUAGGAGGAACGGAUCAGUUCAUUGGUAUGGGCAGUAACGGUCUCACGUACGAUUCUUCCUGUGUGAGCGCCGGCUAUUCGGACGCCCCCACUAUGAUUUGGCCGUACACAUACGACUUCGUACCAGGGGUCAAAUGCGAUAUUGGAAAUCCCCCAGAUAUUCCCUUCCCAGGUGUAUGGCAAAUGAUCAUGGCCGACCUACACGAUAUCAACGGGGACAAAUUUCCGUGCGCCGUGCCUUCUGGUUGCCGUAACAUAACCACAAAAAGGGAUGCGUUUGACCUUUUCUUUACAGCUUUCCAGGCUCACUACACUGGCAAGAGGACCCCAUUUAAUAUGGUCAUUGACCCCGCGUUCGCAGCAAAUACAGAUUUAAGGGACGGAACCAUCGAGUUUCUGCAGUAUGUAAGGGCUGCUUUCGGGGACGAUGUAUGGAUAUUACCAAUGACCAAGGCUCUACAGUGGAUUAAAACGCCAGUUCCUUUGUCAGGGGUCAAGACUUUCCAACCCUGGGGCUGUAGUUAAGUCAACGAGAAUUACAUUUCUGAAGUGACCGACACAAACAGCAGGCGCUAAAUGUUGACAAUUGUCAUAAAUCUUGACUAUAAUCGAAAUAAGAGACAUUUCGUUCGUGUUUUCCGUUUUAAAAUGUGAACAUGUUAUUAAAACAGAAUAUACUGUCA